AUGAGUCCAGUUGGUAAAGACGAGUUUGCUAUCUCGUCAUUGUUGGAUACGGAUCUUUACAAGAUUUUCAUGCAUGCCGCUGUCCACAAGAAUUUUCCUCGAACUCCAGUAAAAUACAAAUACACAAAUCGAACACCUGAUUUGAAACUCAAUGCUGCAUCUAUAGAUUGGCUAAAAAUGCAAAUACUGCACUUGGGAGAUAUCAAGUUCUCGGAUGAAGAGAUACAUUACUUGGGAAAAGCAUUGCCACAAUUGCCUCCUGCUUACUUGGACUAUUUGAGGUCAUUUCAACUCAACCCCAAUUCCCAAAUCAAAUACCUUGAAACCAAGGGCAAUUUUGGUUUAGAGAUAGUGGGAAAUUGGGACGAUACUAUAUUGUACGAAAUUCCUAUCUUGGCUUUGAUUUCUGAAGCGUAUUUUAGAUUCGUUGAUACUGAUUGGAACUAUGACCAUCAAGUUGAGCUUGCCACUCGCAAGGCCGAGGAACUCCAUGCGGCUCAGUGUCAUUUUAGUGAGUUUGGGACGAGAAGAAGACGUUCAUUUCACGCACAGGAGAUUGUUAUUAAAGCGAUCAAGGAUACGGCAGAACAAUUGGACUCGAAGUUCGUUAGUGGUACUUCCAACGUAUUCUUUGCCAAAAAAUAUAAUCUUCAACCAAUUGGGACCGUUGCACACGAGUGGUAUAUGGGUAUUGCUUCUAUUACGCAGGACUACAUACAUGCAAAUAAGUUAGCCAUGGAUUACUGGAUUGCAACUUUUACUCCAAAGUAUGCUGGUCUCGCACUAACUGACACUUUUGGCACUGAUAACUAUCUUGCGGCUUUCACCAAACCCUAUAUCGAUGACUAUGCUGGUGUAAGACAGGAUUCUGGUGACCCAGAGUUAUAUACUGACAAAAUCGCGGAGCAUUAUAAGAACCAAGGAAUUGAGCCUCACACCAAAACAAUUUGUUUUAGUGACUCUUUGAACGUGGAAAAAUGCAUAAAGUAUAAGCAUAGGGCAGAUCAAGCUGGCUUAUUAAGCACUUUUGGAAUCGGAACUUUUUUCACGAAUGAUUUUGUCAAUACUUCUACAGGAGAAAAGUCGCAACCGUUGAAUAUUGUAAUUAAGUUGAGUGAAGCAAAUGGCUUCCCGUCGAUAAAAAUUAGUGACAACAUUGGAAAGAAUAUGGGAGAUCCUGAAACUGUCAAGAGGGUAAAAAGAGAGUUAGGGUAUAGUGAAAGACAGUGGGCGGAAGGUGAUGAGUCUCGCAGGUGGUAG